AUGAUUGUGAAGGAAUACCAACCGUUUAGUGUGGUGGAGGAUGAAGAAUUUCGUAACUUAAUUAAAAUGUUAUGUCCAACUUACAUUAUUCCAAAAAUUACCCAAAGUUUGUUACCUCAGAUGUUUGAUAUGACUAUUGAAUGCGUGAAGGAUAGAUUAAAAAAUGUUGAAGCUGUGUGUUUGACUACAGAUGGGUGGACUUCCAGGACUAACCAAAGUUUUAUAUCCCUAACAGCACAUUUUAUUGAUCCAAAAAAUGAGACAGUUGUUUCAUCUGUAUUAUUAGACUGUAUUGAGUUUGGUGAAAAACAUACAAGUGAAAAUUUAGCUAAUUUUUUAAGAAACCUAGUUGAGGAAUGGAAUUUAUUAUAUAAAUUUACUGCUGUAAUAACUGAUAAUGCAGCUAAUAUAAAAUCAGCAAUUUGA